ACUAUUGUCAAAGAGUCGCCUGUGAACAAAACUGUGAACAGCACAUUCGAUUUAAAUUUUUUGCAAAACUUUUUUCCACAGCUCAGAAGACGUCGCCUCUCUCUGAGUGACGUCACCGCCGCCGCCCAGCUCGUGUGAUACAGCCGCGGUGUGGAAACAGGCGCAACAACUCGAGGCUACAGUCGUCCGGGCGUGUUGCUAGCUGAGCUCUCCCAUCCAGGCAGGGGUCAGGCCGAGCAGUCGCCCCCCUCCCGCCCACCAAAUAUUCGGCCAACUCAUGUUGAAUUUAGCAGAUAUGGAUUUCGACGCUUUAUUCAACGAGAAGACAUUCCAAUUUUCCGACUUCCAGGAGUUCACGUUUCUUCCUGGACACCAGAAGUUGACUGAACGGGUGAAGAAGCGACUGUACUAUGGCCUGGACAAAGACGUUUCCUUGGAUGCCCUCUCGUGCCCUGUGACAGAUAUUGCCGUCGAAAUCUUCCAGAAGUCUGCCCCGAGCCCGAUCAGAAAGCUCCAGAAGAAGUAUGCAGCUCACGUCGUCAGGGAGGCGUGCAUCUCUCCCUGUGCCAUGAUGCUGGCGCUAGUUUACAUCGAAAGGCUCCGACACAGAAACCCUGAAUACCUACAGAAGAUCUCCUCCUCUGACCUCUUCCUGAUCUCCAUGAUGGUAGCCAGCAAGUACCUGUAUGACGAAGGAGAGGACGAAGAGGUUUUCAACGAUGAGUGGGGAGCCGCUGGGAAGCUGGAUGUCCAAACUGUCAAUAACCUGGAGAUGAACUUCUUGAAUGCCAUUGAGUGGAGCCUUUUCACUGAGCCAGUUGACUUCUUUGACAUACUGAGUCAUCUGGAAACCAGCAUUGCGGAGCAACAGGGGAUGAAACGCGGCUGGUUCACCUACACUGACCUCUGUGUGCUGCUGGAGCAGUCAGCAUGGAGUCAAGCCCUCACAGCCAUCUACCAGCACUUUACUAAGGUCUCCUGUAUGCUCGGUGUGGUCUAUCUGACCAGUGUGGCCGGCCUCAUCGUCACCAGCGCUGUGUUGCACGAGCUCAGUCUCCUCAGGGUCAUUCAAUCCCCGAACGCCUCCUCAACUGAGAGCAUCCCAGCCUUCCUUCCGACCUCUAACGUAGACCCAGAAGCUCCUGCUGCUACCCAGCGCCUUCCCUGUCGUGUUUUGGCCAACGACAGCCUGAACCGGCAGACCGUCGCUCCUGAAGUCGGCCAGCACCACAGACAAAGUCCCCCGUCGGCUUCCUCACAGACAUCCGUGUUGUGUCUCUGGGGCUCCCUCCUUGCCUCGAUGGGUCACAUACAUCCUGAAGCAUUGCCCGGUGCGGAAACCCCACAAACCUGGUCUGCUGCUUCCCUCUUCUGCCCUGGCUGUCUUGCAACCCUCCCACCUCUGCACUGCGGGCCUAAAAACACCUCAGCACUCCUCACUCGCGGUUCCCCUGAUCACCAUCAGCGCCAUGCACCGUGGCUGGCGUCUGGCCUCCUUGGGGCCGCAGAACCAAAUCUAAACACUCGCCUGGGGGGGUUUCCUGCUCUGCAGGUGAGAUCCUGCCACCCAGAGUCUCUGUUGCCCAUCAAGAAAGUCCAAGCUCUACUAAUACCCGGAUAGAGAGUGGAAAACAACACUGCUGCCAACCUGUAGUAACGGAUUUGAAAACAAACCCGCGCAACUGCUUUUAAGUCUAUGUUUGUUUACUUUUCCAGAUCUAGAGUACAGGAGUGGAGGCCAGAGUAAUCUGGCAUAUUACAACAACACAGCACAGUAUGGAAAAAAAUUCACUCAUGUUUCACGGCUCGCCAUAAGUAAAAUGCCGCAGUUUUCAGUUAAUGCCUCGCAAAUAGCUUUUUGCUGCAGAGAAGGAAUUUGAGGAUGGUUUUGUGUUUGUUGGCAUCAACCAAACCUCUUUUGUUACCCACGUUUUGUUAUUGUUCGAGAGUUCAGGAAAUGUGAGCGGGUGACGGUGUGGAGUGUAUUUUCGAGUUGAUGAACGCGUGCAGACGUUACACACAGCACAUCUGAAAGUUGAGUUUUCGCAGUGAAUUUUUGAAAAUGUUUUUGCAUCUUGAGCAAAAGGGACUAAUACCAUGUUUUUUCUGUCAUAUGCACAUACAGACAUUGUUCAUAUGCACUGAUUUUGCGGGACAGAAGUCUUUGCCAACACUCGUGAAGCAAAUUUAACUCCCUUAAAAUUGCAUCUUCAUACCUCAGAGUCGUUGGCCACAUGGUGAUCAAUAACACUUUUUCCUCUUAUUUGAAAAAAAAUCCAUAUUAUUUUCUUUUCAUAGUCAUACCACCAGAAUUUAUGUGGCAUAACCAUAAUGCUACGUUUCUGUAACAGGGUAAUGUUUAGCCAAAUUAAAGAGAUUAAGUCGAGAAGUUUCCCACACUCCGAGGGGAAGAAGGUCUGGUUAAAAUGUGUUAAACACAAUUUUCUAUUUUGUUUCCGGUUGGCUUUUUUCAGAGUAAAACAUUUAAAUACAAGGCGGCAAAAUGUCAAAGAACAACAUUCUUUGUCGGCGUCGUCUGGAAUUUGCAUACUGGCUCCAACAGGACGCACCACUCCAUGGUCACCACAUUCAUCUUUUAAACACCAGAGGAAGAAAAUGUAAAUAUUGUUUUUAUGUAAACAGACGCACAUGGUCCCCGGGACGUUUGACUUUGUAACUCAACCUUUAACAAAUUGCUGUGAGCAUUUGAAUUUGAUACAUCUAAAAAGAAUGGAGUCCUUUAAUUUUGUAAAUGCUGUAAAAAAUGCAAAUAUUGUUAAAAAAAACAACAAUUAAUAAAUAAUUCAUUACUUUAUGACA